AUAACAAGUUGCAUAUUAUAUGCCUUGGUUUAAUAAAAACUGAAACUGAAACUGAUUAAGGAAAAUAAUUUUAACACGUAAAUUCAUGGAAAACGGAUAUGACAUUUCCUUCCUGGUUGAUUUAAAGUGACUGAGAAUAUAAGAGGGCCAUUUGUCAUGGCUACAAGGGAUUUGCUCGUCGGGGCGAUAGAUUUUGGCACAACUUAUUCUGGCUGGGCUUUCUCCUUCCUGCAUGAUUUUCAAGCGGAUCCUACUAAAGCGACUGUCAAGCAAUGGCACUCUAGUGGAACUCUAGUUACAGAAAAAGCACCCACGUGUUUGUUGAUAAAGUCAGAUGGAAAGACCCUUGAAGCGUUUGGAUAUGAUGCUGAAAACCAAUACAGGGAACUUGCAGACAAUGAAAUGCACGAGGAGUAUUAUUACUUCAGAAGAUUUAAGAUGGCACUUAAUAAAAAGCUUGGUGAGAAACUGGACCGCGGCAUGACAAUAGAGGAUGAGAUGGGAAAGUCGAUGAUUGCGAUAAACGUUUUUGCUAUGGCAAUCGAAUAUCUAGUAGGAGAUAUGAUGAAGAGUGUUAAUGAUAAACUAACAUCCGCUAUUGAGAAAGAUGAAGUCCACUGGGUUCUUACCGUCCCAGCAAUAUGGACAGAUGCUGCCAAACAAUUUAUGAGAGAGGCCGCGGUGCAGGCUGGACUUGUAACAAACAAAUUGACGAUUGCACUUGAACCAGAAGCCGCAUCGAUAUUCUGCCGCCACUUAUCUGUUCACACUGCCAUUGCUGGUGGAAAUAUAUCAAUAACGGAGAUGCCUGUUGGAACUAGAUACAUGGUUCUCGAUGCAGGAGGUGGAACAAUAGACAUAACGGUACACGAGGUUGUCAGUGAGAACAGCGUUAAAGAGAUCCAAUCAGCAAGUGGUGGUGGGUGGGGAGGUAUCCUAGUUGACAAAGCUUUCGAAAAUCUGCUUAUUGAUCUGACUGGGCCAGAGGUUUAUGAUACAUUUAAACGAACGGAAACGGAAGACUGGCUUGACCUUUGGCGUGAUUUUGAAGUAAAGAAGCGAUUAGUUGCACCCAAUAAAACUGCUCGUAUUAAUAUGAAAUUCCCACUAUCGUUCGGACGCACCUAUGAAGGAUGCACUAAAGGGAAACUGCUUGAUGCUAUUGAAGCUUCAAAAUACGCCGAUGAAAUUCAGUUUGGUGAAGACAAAAUCAAAUUUUCCGCCAGUCUGUUCAAGAGUCUUUUCGAAUGUUCCAUUAACAAAGUCAUUAGCCAUGUGUCAACACUACUUCGAGAUAAAAACGUAAGAAAGAUAAAAACAAUUUUGAUGGUAGGUGGUUAUUCAGAGUCUGCCUUGCUUCAACACUCAAUAAAAAACGAGUUCUCCGAUAUAAAUGUUGUGAUACCAAUUGGUGCAUCAUCAACCAUUCUAAGAGGAGCUUUAGUUUAUGGACAUAGUCCGGUAUCCAUACGGGAAAGAGUCUUGAAGUACACAUACGGUGUUGAUACAACUGACCCAUUUAAAGAAGGAACUGACCCAGACCAUUUGAAGAUUAUAACUGCAACUGGUGAAAGAUGUAGAGUUUUCAGUAAACAUGUUGAAAAGGGGCAAAUCGUCAAAUGUAAUGAACCGCAAGUUGAAAAGACUUACUUUACAAGUCACAAAUUCCAAAGUCAAAUAUCUUUUAAAAUUUUUGCCACACAACAAUGUAACCCAAGAUAUACCACUGAAUGUUUACUAAUUGGCAACAUGAAAUUUGAUCUUCCGGAUCCAGAGGAGCAGCCUGGAAGAGAGGUUCUCGUGUCUAUGACGUUUAGUGGUACUGAGAUUAUCGUGAAAGCAGUUGAUAAGAAAGCAGGCAAGGACACGAGCGUUUUCAUCAACUUCCUUGGAUAAAUUUAAUGCGUAUCUGACAGUGGAAAUGAUAUGUAACGGGUGCAGUACUUUAAGGGAAUUUAAUAUUUUUUUCUGCUUAGUGUUAUUAAAAAAAAUAUGAAUUACAAAGAAGUAAGCGAAUAUCAUUCAAAGAAAUAAGGAUAACGAGGAAUGGUUAAAAUUUAUACAUUUGUAAAAUAAUGUUCGGAAUUAAAUAUUACUAGGCUUAAUUGUAACAAAAUGAAAAAAACAUAUAGUUAAUGAGUAACUUAAAUGUUACUAAUUUGUUAGAAACAGUUGUUAUUGCACACAUACAGACCAAAACGUGCUAAAAACUAAUACUUAUAUCAGGGCGAAUUACUGGUGUGUAUACGAAUUUAAAAGACAAUGCGUAGCCGCCUAAAAAUUAUAAUAAAUGAUAAUAGAUAGAGACUAUAGUUAACAAUUUCACUAAACUGAAAUGAUACAUGGAAACGAUGUGCUAUAAAAUGGGUUAUUAUCACAGAUAUAAAAAAAGUUCACUUGAAACGGAAAACCAGAUAAAAUUUGGCCAGGGAAGCAUUCUCAAAUGCUUAAAGUAUAAACAUCCAAAAUGUUGUAUGAGAAAGAUAUAUUUAUUUUAUUGAUAAUAUUAAAUAACAAAAUAUCAAUAACGAUCAUAUUACAUUAUUUCCUCUUUAAACUCCAUAUACCAGGUUUAGAUUAAGUAGCCAUUCUCGAUAAUUGCUACACAGCUUCAUUAUUCUCAUUUAUUAACUGUUUAUCGAAUAACACUCGUGUAUUAUUUAUUUAGAAAUUGUUUCCCAAUUUUUAUGUUAUGAUUAAUUUUAUACAUAUUGACUAUAAUAAAUUAAUUAAUCACAGCGAUAUGAGAUUUUGUGUUAUGUUGUAUCAACUGUUUGUCGUUUAAACAUGACGGAAGCUCGUCAGCACUUGCCGUCACAAGUACCU